AGUGAGGAAAAGAAUGUCAAAAAUUUUCUCCCCUUUUCCCUCCUUUUGAUUGCUUUGAGAAGUUUUUUGCUUUUUGGCGUUGAAGAGGAAAAUUUUCUUUUGUUUUUCCUUUUUCUUUCUCCUUUUCCUUUUUCCGGUGGAAAGAUCUCGCAUUUCGGGCUCUUUUUAUGCCUUCCUUCGUCCUUCUUCUUCGACAAGUGGCCCGAAAGAAGAUCAUCUUCCUCCCAACUGCCCUUACAGGGAAAUUUCAGAGAGAGAAAUGGACGGCUGUGAUCUUCCUAAGCCCAGGGAUCCCGCCAUCAAGCUGUUCGGAAGAAAGAUCCGGUUGCCGGGUUCUCAGAUUCCGACCAAACCCAUAUUCUCUGAAAGAGAUGCCAAAGAGGGAGACAACAUUUCUGGAAACCCAAACGGCGUGAUUGUGAAUUGUGAGUCUAAAGAGGAACAGAGCGGCGUUGAUGGAACAGAAGAAGACAAAGCUUUCAAGAAACCAGACAAGAUCCUUCAGUGUCCGAGAUGCAACAGCUUAGACACGAAAUUCUGUUACUUCAACAACUACAACGUCAAUCAACCGAGGCACUUCUGCAAGAACUGCCAGAGAUAUUGGACUGCUGGUGGAACCAUGAGAAACGUUCCCGUAGGUGCCGGACGCCGGAAGAACAAGCAUUUUGCGUCUCAGUACCGCCAGCUUCUCGUAUCUUCGGAUGGAAAUCCCGUUAGCAAGAUGGAUGCUGCAGACUACUCGGUCAGUACCCAGAUGAUUGAUUCUCCUUCGGGAAAUGGAACGGUUCUUGAGUUUGGCUCUGAUGAACCACCGCUCAGUCGAUCCAUGGAUACCAUGCCGCCGCAGCUUGGAGAUCAGAGGAAUGUCGCUUCAAGUGUUGGAAAACGUGAAUCCGAGCUCUCUACUUCUCGGUCUUCUGCUUUGGAAACUUCAUCAAAUAGUUGCAGCAAUGAUGUAACACUCGACGAGAGGGCGAAAGAGCAAGCUCCUUUGCCAAGUUCACUCCCCUUUUACCAUGUUCCUUCAUGGAGAUUUCCUUUGAACCCAUGUUGGAGCGGGUUUUCUUCCGUGACUGCAAAUGGCGGAAAUACGAGCCAUUUUCAGCUUUGUCCCGCUCCGAUUCUAGCUAUUCCCGAAGCGGGUUUCCCUCCGAACAUCCCAUUACAGUUCAUCCCAUCUCCUUACUUAGCUUGCAGACCUGUCUUGCAAGAUCCAUCCUUUGCUCCAAAUGGUAAUUGUUCAUUACCCUCAACGAAUAAAGAUUGCAUUUUGGAAAGCCGUGAAUCUCCUCCGACUCUGGGUAAGCAUUCGAGAGACGAAACCGGCGUCGAGGAAACGCGGGUGGGGAAGUACGUUUUGGUUCCAAAGACAUCGAAACUCGAUCAAACAGAUUCAGCUUCAAGCUAUCCGGUAUGGGCAACGUUCGGGAUUAUACCUGACCAAGUGGCUUGCCCAUCAAAAGUCGGAGGAUUCAGAGGACUCGAGCCUUAAAAAAGCCUCUGAAAUUCACACAUUUGAUACCAAAAUGACCGAUCCCGAGACACGGAAGCAUAUAUAUAUGCUUCCAUCUUCUGAGAAGCAACAAGAAGAAUUCGUGUCUGAAAUUCAUGUCUGGUGAUUCAAAAUCAUGUUCUGUUAGAAGGAGAAAAGCUGUCUCAGCCAUGGAGAUGAAACGCUUCAUGGUGGCUUUGUUAGCGUCAGUGGCUGGCCGCAUAAACACCAGCAGAAAUUAUGGACAAUUUAAUGUGAAAUUGAUAUUAUUAUAUUUUUAUCCA